AUGUCGGAGUUUGGGGAAGGCCUGUUUGCGGAUUUUCGGCCGGGGUCGAACAACAAGUCCGUUCAAGAGCAGACAAUUGCUGGCAAAUUUACUUCCACGCCUGGGUGCCCACCCUCACGUUCAGGUAGCUUCAUGGAUGUCUCGCGGGAAGAGGACGUCGGAGCUCGCAGUGCGGUGCGCCUGCAAAGGAAGCGACGAAGACCGGCUUUGGCAUGCGAUGAGUGUAGGAGAAGAAAGGUUAAAUGCGACAGGGCGGUGCCCUGCACCAACUGUGUUCGUCACCAGUGUGCGGAUGCUUGCAGCUACCAUUCUUCGAAUGUAUCUAGACGUCGGGUUCCGGACUCGACGCCUCCGGCUGACCCGGAGUCGGUCUGGCCUCCCCGGGCUAUUGAAGACCUCCAGACUCCCGCCGCAAAUUCGGGCUCGUCCAAUACCGGAGUUGACGGUAGAAGCCCAUCCUCUGCGCUUGACGCGAAUGUGACCUCCCUGAAUGAGAGGAUCCGCGAGCUCGAGGAGCGGCUCUCUCGAGUGCAGCCAAGCGCAGCUCCUGAUAGUUCCGCUCAUGAUGCUGCCCGGAGCAUGAUAAACCGGGGCGCCCCCAAGGGCAUCCUAGCAAAAACAAGAUAUUUCGGCGUGAGCCACUGGAUGCACAGCGCCGUAGCCUUACCUCUAAUCAUUGAAGUUAUGAAUUCCAAGGGGGAACAAGGCGAGACGCUAUAUAGCAGACUGAGCGCCAACAAAAGGCUUGGCCGACGUAUCAAAUCUGCUAGAAUGCCUGUGUCUGCAAGUCACAAAUUCAGUCAAACCAGGCGUGCACCUUGCUCGCGGGAUCUGUGCGACCAACUGGUGGACAACUACUUUCGCACUUUCGAGACAAUAUAUCGCAUCUUACACGUACCCAAAUUCCGCAAGGAAUAUCUCAAAUAUUGGGAGGAUCCGACGGCUGUCCGAGACGUCUUUUUGAUUCAGCUACAGCUUGUGCUCACCAUCGGAGCUUGUCUACAUGACGAUAUAUUUUCUCUGCGGAACCAGGCUAACGAGUGGCUGUUCGAUGCUCAACAUUGGAUCACGUCGCCAACGCCCACAUUCAAGGCGCGACUGUCCCUCGAUGCGAUGCAAAGUAUGUGCCUACUGCACAUUGCCCGUGAGACGACUGGUGUCGGGGCGGACUUGACAUGGAUAUCUGCCGGAGAAUUGUUGCGCAACGCCAUAUUCAUGGGCCUCCAUCGUGACCCCGACAAACUUUCCAAGAUGCCCACCUAUCGUGCCGAGAUACGACGGAGGCUUUGGGCCACUAUAUUAGAGAUGGCGCUACAAGCGAGCAUAGAUUCGGGUGGACCAGCGUCAAUCUCACUCUCGGACUUCGACACCAAACCUCCCUCCAACUUUGAUGAUACUCAGCUGGACGAUACUGAGGGUGAACCCGUGCUCGAGGCGCCCCAGCCGAUGCCUACCGACCAUUUCACUCAAACUUCGGUCCAGAUCGCGCUCCAUAAAUCCUUCCCAACCCGUCUCGCCAUCGCGCAAUACCUAAAUGACUUCCGCAGCAAUGGGAAUUAUAGCACGACCCUGAGGCUCAACACGGAAAUGACUGCUGCAUGCCGGACUUUAUCCAUGAUCCUCCGGUCCUUCAGAUGUCGAGAUAGCCGCGAUUCCCCCGAAAGUCCAACAAACAGUCAGCAUCCCUCAGAGUUUCAAAUACUCAUGACAGAACUGAUCACGCAUCGUUACUUCUUGGCUCUCCACAUGCCUUGGCAAACUGCUCUACAGCGAGAUCCGUCACACUACUUCUCCCGAAAGGUAUCUGUCGAGACUGCCAUGAUGCUCUAUCGAUCCUCCUGCACUCAUGGCAUCUCCGAGGACGGCUCAGCAGCCGAGUCUGUAGGACGGGCCGACUUUGCGCGCCUGUCGAUCUGUGGCUCCGGGAUAUACCGGAAUAACAACCUGCAGAACACAGUGACCUUGGCUACGGAGCUCAUCUGGCAACUGAGAGAGGAAAGAGCAACGCGAACAGAGGCCGGCUUUGUCGGUGAUUUUGGGAGCCCUGGGCCCGAUGCACACUCGCUGGCCGGCACACAGCAAGGCAGCGGGAUGCCACCGCUUUCGACAUCCAAGACGACUUUUGGCCUCGGUGUAAUGCCCUUUGCCGAUCUUUUGGACGCCUUGCGUGGUUAUGCUGCCCGGACAGAGCGGCGUAUGUUAGCGGGCGACACCAACACCAAAGGCUUGAUUUUUGUCUAUUGUGUUCUGUCACAGGCCGAGUCGAUCCAGAAGGGUCGAUCGGACGAGGAAACGCGCAUCAAGAGCAUUCAAUCUAUCAAGGAGUCCAUAUCCAAAUGCCACAGCCUGCUCAACAUAUUGGCCGCCCGGGUAGGCGUCUCAUCCACACAAGCGAACGAAACGUCCACAUCGAAUGCAAGUAACAUGUGGAAACAAGGCACUGCGGGCACAAUCGAGGGUGUUCCAGCUCUAGCAAGGAACUCUUCAACAUCGGGAGAUACGGGCAAUACGGGCGACAGUGGCUUUGGGCCUUUAGAUAUCGACACCAUGACAGCAGACAAUACUCCUCAGGAGAAAUUCGUGGCAUUUGGUGGGAUCGCUGACCUUUCAUUUGAUAUGGACGGCAUUUGGGACCUUGGGACUAUGAUAAAUGGUCAAGGGUCCGGCCUCAACUUCGACUGGCCUGGUCCAGGCAUGUACAACUAG